AUUCUCUAAUUCCCAAAGUUUCCAACUUUCACUCUUACUUUGACGUUUCUCUCAUGCCCAUUUUCUCCCAAAUGGAUUCUAUCCAACUUCAGGUUCCAAAGAUUGAGAUUAACCCACACGGCUUCGACUCCCUACAGUACUAUCAAGACCCACUCCAUGAGAAUGUUUCAUUAGAAGAACAUCUACAGCUGGACAAUUUAUUUGAGUUCAAUUCAAUCCCUUUGGAAUGGGACCAGAACCAACAUCCCCACAUGGGUUUCCAAGGCUUUGAAGAUUUAGGCAGCUGGGAUUUCAUGUUGGACAAUACUGAUUUCACAUCACCUUGUGAUUAUGUUGUGGUUGAUGAAAAGCCUGUGACCACCAUGGUGGAUUCUUUUGAUUACUCUAAAAACCCUACAAGUGAUUUGGAUGAAGCUUCAAGAAUGGCUGACUGGGGAAGUAAUGGGAUUUAUAAUAAGAAGAAGUCUGCUGCAUUGGAAUUGGAUGAGAUACAAAAGUACUUUGACCUCCCCAUCACUCAAGCAGCCAAGAAAUUGAACGUGGGAUUGACUGUUCUGAAGAGGAGGUGCAGGGAACUAAAGAUCAUGAGGUGGCCACACAGAAAGAUUAAGAGCUUGAAGGCUCUGAUUGAAAAUGUUAAGGGUUUGGGAUUGACCAAUGAGCUAAAGAUGCUGGAGGAGCAGAAAAGGCUUCUAGAGCAACUGCCAGAUAUGGAGCUAACAGAGAGAGCCAAAAAGCUGAGGCAGGCUUCUUUCAAAGCCAAUUACAAGAUGAAGAGGUCUUUGACCAAUGCUCGUCCAUGACUUUAUCAUCACUCAAAUAUGUCAAUGUCAAACAGAAAUCUCUUUUCUCUGUUAGCAGACUAUUAAGACCACACAUGUUUAGUUAAUAUCCACACAAACAUUAAACAGAUGAGAAAAU